AUGUUAAUUUAUUGUGUUAUUUGUAGAGUAUCAUUCGAGGAAGUAUGUGCAUGGCGAACAUCAUUUGAUUGCCUUAUGAAACAUCGUUCAGGGCAAAAAUAUUUUGCUGAAUUCUUAAAAGGUGAAUUUAGCGAUGAAAAUAUUUUAUUUUGGCAAGCAUGUGAAGAACUGAAGCAUGAAGUAAAUCAAAAAAAAAUUGCAGAAAAGGCACGAAUAAUUUACGAAGAUUUCAUUUCAAUUUUAUCAGCCAAAGAAGUAUCACUCGAUUCAAAUGUUAGGGAAGCAAUCAAUAACAGUAUGAUUCAUCCAACGGUACAUACAUUUGAUGAAGCUCAAAGUCAAAUUUACACGUUAAUGCAACGUGACUCGUAUCCUCGUUUUAUUGCCUCUGCGCUUUAUAAGAAAAUUUUGGAUUCAUAUGGACAAAUGGAAGAACUUUAA